GUCUUGCCGGCCGUACACAAAAUCCCAAAAAAAAAAAAAAAACUGAUCAUGUAUUUCUCUCUCUUUCUCGCCUAUAAAAGCCCAUUUUCUAUGCGCACUAAUACAUACCAGGAUCAAAGAAAAAGUAAUCAGUAAGGAACAAAAUUGCGUGUGAACAUCAAGAUGGCAAGUAAUUGCAGCAGCAGUACCGACAAGAGUUCAUGGCCAGAGCUGGUGGGAACAAAUGGAGAAGCAGCAACAGAAUUCAUCAACAAAGAAAACCCAAAAGUCAGAGCCCAAACAGUGAAGGAAGGAUCAAUGGUUACCGCCGAUUUCCGGUGCGAUAGGGUCCGUGUUUGGGUCGAUGAAGGUGGCUUUGUUAAAUCGGUACCCAAAAUUGGCUAAUUAUCACGCAGUUUCUAGAUUUGUUUACAAUUUUGAAUUUGAAUUUGUUUAUAAAUGGUUCUUGCUGUAAUUCCAACCAAUUAUUGUUCUCUCUCUCUCUCUAUGGAGUUUAGAGCCUAGAGAGUAAUCAUAUGUAUGUAUAAUCUGUAUACAGAUGUAUUUAAGAUGUAUUUAAAAUCGCAUUCAAAAUUAAUAUUUUUUAAAUAAAAAUAUUGAUUUUAUUAUA